GUCUGUCCUGGUGAAACGACACAUUUAGAAGAUGAACUAUAAAAACAUUGAAUUGAAUUAGUGAUAGUUUCUAAUUUUUCAGGCCUGAAUAUGACAUUUUCCUCAGCAGAACGAAGACAGAAGGAAAGAAAACAAUUCAAUUGACACGACGAAGCGUUUCCCUACGCGAAAUUUAGUCAUCGACCUUAACAACAAACGACAGAAGCAGAUUGAUUGACAGCAGUAAAACAUCAAACACGUCAUCGUGAUUCUGAGCGGAGUGAAGAGGAAAUGUUGAGGUUUCAGCUCAAUGCUGACAAUCUAAAAAAACAUGUUCCUGUCGUACCUGAACGCUCCACAUGUCAGCGACGAGCGUCAGAUCUUGUCCAGUUCAGUACUUUCUCACCGAAGUGCGAGACGGAGCAGAAGAUGAUGGCUCGCACCUUCGUCAUCUUCAUCUUCAUCUUCCACCUCAGUCACGGGUUCGAGGUCAAACAGCCUCGGUAUCGGACGGUGAACCCGGACGCGUCGGCCUCCAUCAGCUGUGAACACACGGCCAACGUCACCUCCGUGGUGGAUGUUCGACUCUACAGCCUGCGGGACUCCAGAAGCCUGCUGCUCUGCCAGAAGGGAAUGAAUGACUGUGGGAACGUCAUCAUGCGUCUGGUGAGUCCCAACGAGUGUCUGUUCAUCCUGGUCAACGUCGGCCCCGAGGCCAUGAACGUGACGUACGAGUGCGAGUUCACCGUGAACAAGGAUCAUCUGGAUUACACCGAGAGAGGGAAACCCACCAGACUGCUGCCGGGCACAGGUCAAAAGGAAACAGAGACGGACUGCGUCCUUCGUCCUCCUCCUCCUCCUCCUCCUCUUCAAAUGUGUCGACUCAGCUGGAUUCUGAUUGGCCUGCUGGCUUUGAUGUUCCUGUUCGCCUGCGUCAUCACCUGCGUCUACGUCAGGCAGAGGGCGACUAUCAACAUCAGCAGAGAUCCGGAGAACUGCACCUACGUGGAGAUGAGGAAAGCUCCUCUGCUCAAACACUGACCAACUGACUUCUCGAGGAAAAACGACCCGCAUCCCAAGAGUCGAGUUAGAACCUUGUGCCGCAGAGUUCGUCGUCUCAAACAUUGGUUGUAUUUUGUCUGUGUCCAUGAGUCAUAAACCCCUGUAAUACUGCAGCUGACCAGCAGGGGGAGACCACGUCUGUUCGACUCGACUCAAAUAGCUUUUAUUUGUAUAUAAAACAAAAUCACAACAUACAUUAUCUCAAGGCUCUUUACAGAUGAGUGUGUAAUGUGGGACAUGGAAUUCUCCAUCAUACAAUUCCAUAUAUAUGAAUUAUUAUCAGUUUUGACCUUUUUACAAUCAGCACUUCCAACAUACGACUUAAAGGAAGUGAAUUAAUGCAAUGAACCCGUCAAAAUAUAUAAUAUCUCUCAGGUCAGCUUUUAAAACACAUGAUGUUCAUGUGUUGAGCUAUUUUAUAUUUUAUAAUAGUACAAUAAUAUAUAUGGCUUUCUUUUCUGGUCUUCACAGUGUUUAUACUAAUGCACAUUGCAAUGUUAUUAUUAUUAAUUAUCAAUAAAUUUUAUCAUUAUAAAACUGCA